AUGGCGCCAGCAACGGAAACACAACCCUUGAUUAAUGCCACUAGUGCUAAAAAGGGUUUAACUAUCGGUUCUGCUGCCGCAUACACCCUUGCAAUCUGCAGACCUGUUGUGGGCGCUACUCUCUUCUUCCCGCCGGCAGUUCUCCGCAGAGCAUUCAUACCAGGCGAGCAAUUCGAAACCACAUCGGUUUUCCUGCCACGGCUGGUGGGCACUCGCGAAGUCGUGAUAGGGAGUCUUCUUUGGAGGGCACUUAGGAAUUUCACGAACGGCGAUCAAAAAGAAGUCCACAAAAUGUUACUUGUAAACCUGGCGGUCGAUGUGAUGGACGCUGUGUGCGCAGGGGCAGCUCUCGUGGGAGGCAAGCCUGAUGAGCGAGCGGCGGCUGGGUGGUUUGGUGCAGGAGCAUUGCUCUUUGUGCUUUUUGGUCUCUUGGGGAUUCGAGAGUUUUAG